GUGCAGAGGGUGGCGCGCGGCGGGUGACGGUGAGGACGACGGGAGGUAGCUAGCCAGUGUGUGACCGUCCCUCACAUUGGGCGGGUUGUUGCUGCCAGCGCUACCAGCACACCACCCUACCCCCCUACACGCUGCACCGACCUACACUAACUCCCUCGUGACCUCCAUGGCCUCCCAGCCCCUCGUCCUCCUACUGCUGGCCUCCUCACCGCUGUUCACAGGUGGGGAGGUGGCGGAGGUGUGUUCAGAAGAAGAGCUGAGCUUCGCGUGUGACGGCGGCAGCCAGGGAAGACAAGAGUUGGUUAUCAAGGAGGCUUGGCUUUACGGCGCCGCUUAUAUGACGAAGGAGGACCUUGGGCAGGGAGAGCAGUGCCACGUUCAGAGCUACAACUUACAGUACAAGAAGGGAUCGUUCCUGCAGUACAUCAACAAAAAGUGCGGAGGCCAGACUGAGUGUAAGUUCAAUAUACAGAGCGAUGUCCCUUCAGCGCAUGAGGAUGUGUGGAAGAACACCGUAUUGUGGACCGUCUACCACUGUGUCCAGAAGUCAGACUUCCAUCGUGUGUGUGGCACUGAAAAACAUGCUCAGUCUGGGUGGAUGCAGAGCAUCGGGUACCCUCAGUACUACCUGGGUGAACCCGGAGUGUGCACCGUCACCAUCCGUGUGGAUGAGGGCCAGCAUAUCCAGCUCACCAUCACUGACCUCAGUCUCAGGGAUAUCAUUCAACCUAAUGAAGAAAGUUGUCGAGACAGCGUGACAGUGACAGAGGGAAGCAAGCAGCUGCUGCAGAAGUGUGGGGAGACCAACAAGCCUCUCAAGAUAAAGUCUGAAGGCCCUGAACUUAAUGUUACUCUUACAGCAACAUCGAAUGUAUAUCCAAAACGGGGAUAUAUUGGUUAUUUCCAAGCUAUUGGAUGCGAGACGCCUGCCACACCUGUAGAUGGAUACAUGGCUUAUCGAAAUGCUACACACGCUGAGUACUGGUGCUGCGUACGUCAUGUAUUUCCUGACACACAUGCCCGACGGCGUCUUCUCAAGUGUAACCGAGCACACACCUGGAACGACACACUUCCUGAUUGUGCUGACCUUGAGGAGCUAUUUCAGGAUGGCAACAUCACCGAAACACAGUAUCAAAACAUGGUUAAUGGAAGCUCAGGCUACGCAAUGGCGGAAAUGUUACGUCAGGCUCACUUGGUCUACGAUUUGGUGGUGCCAACCGUGAUAAUGUCUGUACUGGUUCUUGGGAAUGUCGCCAUAGUCUUUCUGAUCAUUUAUUGCCGCAGGGGUGUGAUUGAGGAAGGAGCUAACUGUGAAGAACUCGAGUCAAUCAAGGCUAAUCCUGAACCCACUGAUGUCGUAGACAGUAAACCGUGUGAAGUGUAGUGCGUCGUUGUUUGGCGGGGCAUUAUUGAGGGGAAGGUUAAGUUUAAUGAGUUGGUGAGCAAGGCUCACAAGUUGUGUGGAGUCAUUGGUGAAACUUGUGGCUUUUAUAACAUAGCCAAAGAUGAUUUCUGACAAGACUCAAGUUCUCAAGGAGGCAAGUGCUUGAAACUGCCACUGCUGCACAAGAAACAUGCAAACUACUGUCUUUUACUUUCACAGCUGCAUAAAUAUAUUUUGUAUACAGGGGGUUCAUGGAAGACAUCUUACUUUAACUGAGACAUACUCUAAGAGCUAGUAACAAGACACACACAGCAACAGGAGAAGUUACUCAGAUAUACACCACAAGAAUAAUUAGUGAGAUAAGCACCAAACCCAAUUUGCUUCUAGAGGGAGAGAAAGAAUUACUGUGACAUAUGAACCUUGAGGAAAGGAGAAACUUGUUUUAGAAGUGUAUAUUUUAGUCAACACUACCUGGAAUCACUCACUUUCCAUUUUGACAAUUAACUAAAUGAAUCUCAGAUACUCUAGUCUAAUGUGUGUGCCAAAUAGCUCUAAAGCUGUAAAAAUGUUUUGUUUUUUUAAAUAUUAUUCCUAUUCCAUAAGUGACUCAUCUUCCAUCAAUGGCAUUGUAAUGACUUGAAAAUAGAGCAGAUCAUAUAUAAAAAGUUGUAAAUAUUUUUUUCUGCCUCUUUUUGAGAAAGAAACAAAUGUUCAGUGCUGUACAGUAUAUACUGCAGUUUGUCAAAACUAUAAAUAUUUUAAUUCUAAGUAUAAUGUAAAUGAUGUAGAUUAAUCAUUUAAUGAUGCUUCAAAAGUUCAUUUAUCAAACUUGACAACAAUAAAAGAACAAGAUUUAUCCCAUGAAUCAAGCACUGUACACUAGUACACAAAUGAGGAC